AUGCAGCUGACCGUGAACUCGCUCGCCGCCAGCCUGGCGCUGCUCGCGCCCAGUGUCCAUGCGCUUCUACGUUUCUCGUGCUCGCAGCUCGUCGUCGAGCGUCUCGACCCGCUCGUCUUCCCCGGCGUCACGGGCUCCCCGCACGUCCACCAGAUCAUCGGUGGUAACGCCUUCAACCAGUCCAUGGAGUACCCGCGCAUGGAUAUCCCAAGCGAGGCCACGUGUACCACGUGCACCUUCGCCGAGGAUUUGUCCAACUACUGGACUGCCGUCCUCUACUUCCGUGCCCGCAACGGCACUUACAAGAGGGUCCCGCAGAUGGCUAACUCCGGUUUCGAGGGCGCAAACGGCGGCAUGACCGUUUACUACACGCCUAGCUACAACAACGACAAGGUUACUGCUUUCAAGCCUGGCUUCCGAAUGAUCGUCGGAGACCCGUCAUACCGAACCGAGGCCCAGGCCAAGAAGUUCCGUCAGCUUACUUACACCUGCCUCGACAACAUCCUCACCCGCACUGGUGAGACCCUUGACAUGCCGAAGAAGGUCUGCAAGGCCGGCAUCAUGGCUAACAUCCGCUUCCCGACCUGCUGGGACGGCAAGAACCUCGACUCAGCCGACCACUCGAGCCACGUCGCGUACCCCAGUGGUACCUUCGAGAGCGGCGGUGCCUGCCCCUCGACCCAUCCGGUCAAGAUCCCCCAACUCUUUUACGAGGUCAUCUGGGACACACGCGCGUUCAACAACCCCAACGACUGGCCUACCGACGGCAGCCAGCCCUUCGUCUGGUCCUUCGGUGACACGACCGGAUAUGGAAAUCACGGUGACUACAUGUUCGGCUGGAAGGGCGACGCUCUCCAGAAGGCCAUGGACUCCAACUGCAACAUCAACUGCCCUCAGCUCCAGACCCAGUCCAUCUCGCAGGGCAACCAGUGCAGCAAGAAGGUCUCCGUUAACGAGGAAAUCGACGGCUGGCUCAAGCAGCUUCCCGGCGGGAUGCCCGUCACUGAUGCGACUGGCAAGGUCCUCUACUAA